AUGGAGAGAUGGGGGCGCAGGACGUGGGGUGAGAAACUGUUUCAGUGCACGGAGUGUGAAAAGAGUUUUAGUGGUAGUGGAAGCCUUAGAACACAUCAACAGACUCACACAGGGGUGAAACCAUAUAAAUGUAUGGAGUGUGAAAAGAGCUUCAGUCAGAAUGCAGACCUUAAAAAACAUCAACGGACUCACACAGGGGAUAAACCAUUUAAAUGCAUGGAGUGUGGAAAGAGCUUUAGUGAUAGUGGAAGCCUUAGAAGACAUCAACGGACUCACACAGGGGAGAAACCAUAUAAAUGUAUCGAGUGUGGAAAGAGCUUUAGUGAUAAUGGAAACUUUAGAAAACAUCAGCAGACUCACACAGGGGAGAAACCAUUUCAAUGUAUGGAGUGUGAGAAGAGUUUUAGUAAUAGUGGAUACCUUAGGAAACAUCAACGGACUCACACAAGGGAGAAACCAUUUAAAUGCAUGGAGUGUGAAAAGAGCUUUAGUUAUAGUGGAAGCCUUAGACAACAUCAACGGACUCACACAGGUGAGAAACCGUUUCAGUGUACGGAGUGUGAAAAGAGUUUUAGUGGUAGUGGAAGCCUUAGAAGACGUCAACAG